CGUUUUUGACCAAUCCCUGAACAGGAGUAGCAGUACCCAAGUUAGAUAGAUCCGGUGAGGACUAUAAAUAAGUGGAGAAGACAUUGUCGAGGAAUGUACAGCAGAACUCAGAAGCCAUUUUGAGAUGAUGUCCCUGUUGAGAAAGCCUAUGAAGAUGCUGAAAUCAACGAACAUGGUUACAUUUCUGUCUGUUUCUCCCUCCGUCUCCUCUAUUUCACCAUGGCAGCUGUCAACCGACGGGACAUUAGCAAAGCGGGGUGUCGAGCUGUGCUCACAGGGUUAAAACGCCAUUGAUAUGAAAGAGGACAGUAUCUGUUUACUGUCUCUGUCGAGACAUGUAACACCGUGAGUCUUUUCCAGUCUGAAAUCUUCCAGCAUCUCUCACAAACCAACGUCUCCUUGAGUGUCUGAAUUAAUUCACUCUUGAAGCGGGGAGAAGGGAGGCAGAUCCGUUUUCCAAUGGCUUCUGUGAGCCUUGUUUCCAGUCCCCCAGCCCCUGUUCUUGACAAAAACAUGACAGACUCUGAGCUUGCAGGGGAUGAAAGAGAGGAUGGUGAAUUGGAAGAUGGCGAAAUAGAUGAUGAGGGGAUUGGAAUUGAAGAGGAGAAUAAAGAAGCAACAGAGGUGAAGGAGGACAAAGAGAAAGAGAAGGAAAAUGAGAAGGAAAAAGAGAAAAGUAAAGAGAGAGAAGAAAAAGUGCACAGACACUCCAGGAAAAGAUACAAAAAGACCAGAGAGAAGAGGAGGUCUAAAAGGAGAAGACGUGACAGACAGAAACAUUAUUCCCCCUCCAGCAGCUCCAGCUCUGACAGUUACGACUCUGACUAUGAUCGACCAGAACGACCUAAAAAUAGGAAGAGCCAGGGGACCAGUCGGGAGUCUGAUGGUCAAUCUUCUCAGCACUCAAAGGGAGGCCACGGCAACUUCAAGAAGUCUUCGCCGCUGAAGAGCAGCGAUUUUGACAAAUACAGCGACUACAGCGAAGACAAGUAUGACUACGAUGAAGAGGAGGAUGAUUAUGAAGAUGAGAUGUCUGAGUAUCAGCAGUCAAAAGAUUCAGUGAAUCAAGGAAAGGGAUGCCACGUUAAAGACCAGAUGAUGAGAGGAAACAUGAGAGGGAUGAAGCAACAACAAUUUGGACAGAGAGGACGGGGCAGAGGGAGCGGACCAGGGAGAGGACGUGGGAUGCUAAACAAAAACAAAAAACUUAAGGGCAAACCCUGGGGAGGACGUGGACGAGGUCGAGGAGGAAACCAGGGAAUGGAUGAUAUGGGAAUGGAGGGAAAAAACUCUUCUGGUUUUCAGAAAAAACGACCAAUCAUGAGCAAGGAGUUCAUCAAUCAGCACACAGUUGAACAUAACGGUAGAUACAUCUGCAAGUAUUUCCUGGAAGGGCGCUGCAUCAAGGGGGAACAGUGCAAAUUUGAACAUGAGCAUGUGGUACCUGAUAAGAAGAAGGAACUUUGCAAAUUUUACCUUCAAGGUUACUGCAGCAAAGGAGAUAAUUGCAUUUACAUGCACAAUGAGUACCCCUGCAAGUUCUUUCACACUGGAGCCAAAUGUUAUCAAGGGGACAACUGCAAAUUCUCCCAUGAUGCUUUGACUGAUGUGACCAAAGAGCUGCUUGAAAAGAUAAUUAACACUGAAGAGGAGAACGCCCGUGAGGACGAGUUGGAGCUGGAGGAUCUGAGAAAGCAGGGGAUUGCCCCGCUUCCGAAGCCGCCUCCCGGAGUGGGCUUGCUGCCCACUCCUGGUCAGAGCAGUCCUACAGAUGGAGCCUCUGGUCAAGCUGGCAAGAAGAUCCCCUCCCUGUUUGAAAUCAAAGUUCAACCUACUGUAGACCUUGCACAAAAAAUUGCUCUAAGUGGCUCCAGCUAUUCCCAGAAUCAAAGUGAUGGCACUAAUCAGUUUAGUGGAGGCCCAGAGGACACGCAGAGUAGCACCAUGGUGCCUUCAGGUCCUCCUGCUCUUCCUAUUCCUCCACCUGAAUCGUCUGGUCUCAUGGGUCACCCGACUGGGCCACCUAUGCCACAGAGCCCCCCAGGGCAGCACCCACCGCAUGGAUUUCCAUUACAGCCACCACCCCCUUCAGGCCAACCUCCACCCUUUCAUGCACCUAAUAUCAACCCACAGAUGAAUAUGCAAAGACCUCCUUUCCCUCCUGUACCAGAUCUACAGAUGCUGCAAAGUCUCUUCCCUUUUCCUGCAAUGGGUCAGAACCCAGUUGAGGUUUUUAGCAGCUUCCUCCAAAACCAGACCGUUAGUCAACAAGGAGUAGACCCUAGCCUGGCCUUCGUACAGAACCUCCAGCAGCAGAUGGGAGCCGAGUCACAGUUGCAGUCUUUACCACCAGCAGUACAGAAAGCCAUCUUUUUACACCUGACACAGCAGCAGCAGCAACAACAACAAAAGUCACAGGGGAAUGAGCAACACAGAGCAGAUGGCCAGGAUGAUAACAGUGAAAAUAGAGAUGAAACUACCAACUGGUACUCAAGUGAUGAGGAGGAUGGAAGCGUCUCCUCAAUACUUAAAUCUCUAAAAAAGCAGAGUGAGAUGCAGUCCAAAUCCCUCCAGGCUGCCCAGGUGACUCAAGUUCUGGGAGACCCUCGGCUUGUUAAGGAAAGGGCUCCACCCAGUGACCCUCGUGUGAAAAUGGACCCAAGACAGCGACUAUCAGAUGUCAAAAAGGAGCCAGAUGGAGCUGCUGAUCCUCGGCUCUCCAGAGACCCCAGAAAGUCAAGGCCAAUGGACUCAAGUUCCUAUCGCCAACAGAGCCAUCCCAGUACCCAAAAGCCUCCAACAGGAGAGGAGGAUGAUGAAGGAGAGAGGGAACUCCGGGACAGAGCUGUUCUUAUCCCUCUUGAUCCUAGCCCUGGCAUAGUGCUGCGGGACCCUCGUUGCCAGUUAAAGCAGUUCAGUCACAUUCGGGUGGAUAUUCUGCUCCAGCGUCCUUCCUUUGCUCAGUCUGUAGUUUGGGCCCCUGAGGAUCUCAUUCCUUCUCUCGUUCCCAAACAGGAACACUCCAUUAACCUUCCCCUUCCACCUCUCAUUGCAAAUGCUCAGAUGAACAGAACAAGCCUACCUGACCAUCCCCCAGUUUCCAGCCCUCCACCGUCUGACCCCAGACUAGCAGCUGCACGGUUGAAGGAACGUUUAACUCGACUCCCUACUGGAUCCUUAGAGUCUCGAUCCUCCACUGAUAGACCUGUAGACCCACGCCAGCAGAAAUCUCUGGACCCCAGACUAAAGCGUACAGGGAGUCUGGACUCUAAGCUGUUGGUUCAGAAAGAGCCUUCCUCUGGGGGAGGACCUGUGGACCCCAGACUACAGAAGGCCAGUACCAGCUCUUCUCCUCAGACUGCCCUAGGCAAGCCAGAGUCAGAGAAACUGCCACCGUAUGCCCCUCGUCUGGCAUCCUCAGGUGGAGGGCUCGAAAGCCCCACUACAAUCCUUGGAGGAAUCAGUCUGUACGAUCCUCGUUCUCAAGUCGAGCCGUUGGACCCUCCUAAAAAGGCGGGGAUUCUUAAACAGCCUUCUAAAAAAGAGAACACUCCGACUCCAUCACUCUCUCUAGCUCAGAGAAGUGCCUCUUUUGAAGAGGUUAAAAGUACAGAUGGUACCUCACAUGAGUCUCCUCCUCCCACAUCUCCCACAUUACCUCCCGCCUCACCUACCAAACCCCCUGCAGUUCACAAUCUCCCAAUCCCAGCGCUGGCUGGGCUGAUCCGACCACAAUAUACUGACCCCAGGCAGGCCAAACAAGGAGGGCAGGGUUCUAUGGGAGGUCAGGGAGAGGAAAAGGAGCAGCAACAGCCACAGGAGGAGGAGGAAGAAGAGGAAGUAAUGGAGGAAGAACCAAAACAGAAGGAUACAGAGGAGGAAGCAGAUGACAGGACACUUAAAGAUGUGUUCAAAACUUUUGAUCCCACAGCUUCCCCCUUCUGUCAGUAAAGAUUUGUAUGUAGAAAAUAAGUGACAUAGGAUUUGUAUAUUGGUGAGACAUUUAUUACUUUUUAAUAAGCUUUUCAUGGAUCUAUUUAUUUCUGUAAAUAAUGUAUAAAUUACUACCCCCCCCCCUAUGUUUGUCAGUUUGGAGAUUAUGCUAGAAAGAUGAGCAGACAGUGUAAAGUUCCUUUUCAUUUAAUCAGACUAAUGCUUGUGUUAAAAUUGUAUGUAUUUUAAGGUCCUUUUAUUAUUAUGUAAUUUUUUCACACACGUUCUAAACAAUCAUAAAAGAAUUUCAUAUCCAAAUAAUAAUUUCACACUUCCUAAUGGAAGAAUUUCCUUGACACUAUCAGCAUUAACAUAUUUAAUCUAUAACAUUUUAUAUCACAAUAUCAACACAUGUAUCCUCACUUUUAUGAUAAGGGAUUCUGUAAAAUAUUUACCUCUUUUAUAAACCACACACCCAGAUAUUAGAUUGUGAUUUGUUUUAGCCUUUGACACAAACAACUCAGAGAAUAAAAGCACGCAUUUUUAUUGUAUAUAAUAUAUGCUGAUGCUGAGUAUUUGAAGUUUUAACUCCUUACCUACACUUUUAUGGUUUUUAAGCUCUUUACAGCUUGUUUGCAGAAAUGUUAGCACUAUUUCAGAAAUUUUACAUAUUUAGUGAAACAAUAGUUUCUUUUAAAGUGCUCUAAAUGCUUUGAGGAUGUAAACCUUUCUUUUAAAUAGGUCAAAGGAACAUUGGUUGCUUAAAAUGAUUCAUAUGUGCCAUUCUUAAAAACAUAAAGUUAAUAAAAUGCAGUUAAACACUGUUUUUUGUUUUACACUGAUAAUCAUGAGUAUUAGCUUGAUAUGAUUGCAGGUAUGUGUAUAUAUGUAUUAAAUGUGACUUAUAACAUUUUCUACUGUUUACUUUAGUUGGAGUUGGCUGAAAAUGAACCUCUUGGCUAAGAAAGGGUGUAUGUUGUAGAGCUAAAGUGGUGUACUGCUUGGUAGUUUAAGUGACAUCUUUGUGUCUGUAAUGUAAGCAGCUUUUGUUUGAAAAUAAGUUAUUACCUUUUUUAAUUGCUUUGAUGAUUCAUAUUGUAAAUGUGCAUUUUUGUAUUUUGUGUACAGUGUGUUUUAGUGAGUGUUUUAAUGUAUACAGUGAUGCUUCUUUUGUGUCAUUGUAGGUAUGGCCUUCAUGGUGGUUUCAUACCGUACAGCAUUUUAACAGGACCUGCCUAUCGUUUAAGUGAUUUUUAUUAUAAAUACCUGGAAUAAAGAGCUGAAAUGACAAAAACUGUUUUUCAGAAUCA